UUUAAAUAGGUUAUUAUUUGGGACCCGGUUUUAAAAAGCUAAUGAAAACGAAAAACUGUUAAACCUAGGUUUAAAAUGAUACCAUACAAGUAGCGCUGCCAUUAUAAAGUUGUGAAUUUUAUGGUUAUAUUUUAAUGUAUUUUGAUAUUUUUUCACUGAUAAAAAACAACCAAUCAAAUCAAACUUACGUGUCAAGCAUGUGCCAUCGAAAUUUAUUUAAAUGGAAGUAAAAAGCGCUUUUAAGUUGUUUUUAUUUCUAUAGCUCCUGUAUUUAUUUUCAACAAGAUAGUAUGGAGAAGCUCUUGGUGCUUGUAGGCAUUUUAGUAUUCCUUUCCUGGGGAAAUAGCCAGACGGUUGUUAACGAUGCUAAACUGGACAAUAAGGAGCUCAAAUGCUUAGUGUGCCAAGCGAGCCUAAAAGAAUUAACGCAGGAAGUUAAAAAACACGAUCAAUCGAGAACUGUUAAAAUAGGAGGACACCGUUUGGACGCUGAUGGGAACUAUGAUGCCCCAAAGACCAUACCAGCUGCCAAAUCUGAGCUGUUCCUUUCAGACACAAUCGAUGCGGUGUGCAACAGAAUGGACGAUUAUGUUAGAGCUUUGUGGAAAUCCAAUGGAACUUUGACGCUUAUCAAUAUGAUAACAUCAACUGGCGGGCUAAAUCCUCUCAUGGGUGAGGUUGAUUUCGUUCAGGACGAUGAUUUGAAUAAAAGCCUUAAAUAUUAUUGUGAGGGAAUAAUGGAAGAAUUUGAGGAGGACAUUAUAAAAUACUUUCAAAAUGAGGUCGAAGAUGUUGCCCAAAAAUUUUGUGUGCAAGAAUCGGGGCUGUGUCCCAAAAAAAAUAAACCUGCCAAAAGUGAAUUGUGAUCCACAGUAUUGUUCAAUAAGUUGGGAAUUUUAAAUUAUUAUAAAUGCAUAUGUUAUGUUAAUAAAUAUAUUUUAUACACCAAUAUUGCAUUUAUUAUAA